CUUGGAAUUUUACGGUAUUGGGUGAACACUGACGGGCUAAAUUCCGAAAGGAACUCUGCUAUCAAAAUGUCAAAUUCUAAUUUGAAGAAUGUGAAAGAGGAAGCGAUGGACAGUACGUCGUCAGAGGGUGGAGUGAAUCGUGCCACACCCAACGGAUCAGAAGCAGAGAACGAGGCAGCAGCACUGCCUGUUAAACUGGCUGGAGAUGCCUUAGAAGAACUCUUAGAGCAUAUGGAGGACUAUGCACCUACUAUUCCAGACGCAGUGACAGGCUAUUAUUUGAAUAGAGCGGGAUUUGAGGCCUCAGAUCCUAGACUGGUUAGAUUGGUUUCCAUAGCAGCUCAGAAGUUCAUCUCAGACAUUGCCAACGAUGCCCUGCAACACUGUAAGAUGAGAGGAUCGGGUCAAAGUUCAAAGAAGUCUGUCAAAGACAAGCGCUACACUCUCACCAUGGAAGACCUGAACCCCGCAUUGACGGACCAUGGAAUCAACGUCAAGAAACCAUACUACUUCACAUAGCAGCUUACAGGAACACGCAUGAACCAAUGAACAUUGCACAUGUAUGCAUGAAGGUACACGUGAGAGGCCGUUGAGAAUAUUUCUACUGGCAAUGCACCAACAUGUGCGAUCCAUUUUUGGUGAAUAGAUCAGGCAUCGACUUCUAUUGGAGUACAUAGAGACAGGCAGCUCUGAGACUUAUAAAAAGUUUUUUUGCCCUCCAGCUGGAACUGAGAAUUGAUAAAUAUCCUUACCAUGGCCAAUGGUUGAUGGUGAGUUACCAUGGAUUGCCCUACAGUGUACACACAGAA